CUACGUCAACAUUAAUGGAGAUUAGCGCCUGGGCGGGCGGUGAGUCAUGCUGACCAAUGAUGCUUAUUCGUUGCCACCCGUCAACACCGUCGAUCUUCCUUUCAUUCUCACUUCUUCGCCUUGUCUCUUAAGGUUCCUUUCAACCCGUCCUUCUUUUUACCCCUUCCGAUCUCCCUACGUCUCUUGCCUUUCAGUCCCUUCAGGCUCUGCGAGGGCACGGACGUGGUCGCAUCGCAAGGAUUCGUUUUCUGGCUGAUCUCGAGCCUGGCUCAUCCAAGGCGCUGGCAGCCUUCCGACGGAGCUCUUACAUCCAUCGACCCUUAUCCGCUCGAGACAUCACGGCACGAUAGACCAUAGAACUUUCGCCUCUAUAUAAAAAUCAAAAAGUCACAAUAUGCCGCCCGCCAAGCGCAAGGCUACUGAUAGUAUGGAUCUCCGGGACUUGAGGCUGGUGGAUAGCAGGCUGACCUUCGGCUAGGCGGUCGGUCAAGUAGAGCUUCGAAGCGGGCGACACCCGUGCCUGACAUCCAAGAUGUUGGCAGUAGCGACGACUACUCGGACUAUGAGCAAGAUGCGAAGGAAAACAGUCUGAAAGAGGUCGUGGACAAAUUCUCGCUCGAAUCGUUUAGCAACAAAAAGGAUAAUUCGAUCCAAAGGCAGGAUCCCAACUUUGGCUACAAAGACUUCUCCUCGCUUUCCUUGAAAUCGGACCAUGCGAACCGCCCCCUCUGGAUCGAUCCCUUAAAAGGCACCAUCACCUUGGAAAGUUUCUCGCCGCUGGCUCCUCAGGCCCAGGACUUUCUGACGACUAUCGCCGAGCCGCUUUCGCGUCCGACCCAUCUCCAUGAAUAUCGACUCACCGGAAACAGUUUAUAUGCGGCGGUGUCGGUCGGUCUCCAGCCUCAGGAUAUCAUCAACUUUCUGGAUCGGUUGUCGAAAACACCGCUCCCGGACACAAUCAAAUCGUUCAUCAUCGACUUCACGAAAUCCUACGGCAAGAUCAAGGUCGUUCUGAAACAUAACCGCUUUUUCGUGGAAAGUACCGAUCCAGGGAUGCUGCAGAUGCUUCUCCAGGACGAGGUUAUCGGACCGCAGAGACUACAAGGGACGGAAGGAAUCAUUCAGCAAGCGGCACCAAAAAUGGGAGGCCUGGUCAUUCCAGGUACCAAAGAUGCGGCGGGAGUACAGCAGACAUCUGAACAGAAACCGGCAGAGGAUGCCGGGGCGGAAGGCCGUCAGGAGGAUGACCUUCUCCUGGCCAUUCGCGACGAUGACGAUGACGACGAGCAAGCUCAGGUUCACAGUUUCGAAAUUCCGAACGAGGCAGUGGAACCGGUCAAAGCGCGCUGUCAAGCUAUGGGCUGUCCGGCACUGGAGGAGUAUGAUUUCCGAAACGACGAGAUCAACCCUACGUUGGAUAUCGAUUUGAAGCCAAAUGCUCGGAUUCGAAGCUAUCAAGAAAAGAGUCUGAGUAAGAUGUUUGGUAACGGACGUGCUAAGAGUGGAAUCAUUGUCCUUCCCUGUGGUGCAGGCAAGACUCUGGUGGGUAUCACGGCGGGGUGCACGAUCAAGAAAGGGACCAUCAUCCUUUGUACCAGUUCCAUGUCGGUGGUUCAAUGGAGAAAUGAAUUUUUGCGGUGGUCGAACAUCGACCCUGGUGACAUUGCCGUGUUCACCUCGGAUAACAAAGAGAAAUUCCGCCGAUCAACCGGUAUCAUUGUGUCGACAUAUUCCAUGGUCUCGCAAACCAGGGCUCGAUCACACGAUGCUCAGAAGAUGAUGGACUGGAUUCAGUCCCGAGAAUGGGGUCUCAUGAUCCUUGACGAGGUGCACGUCGUGCCUGCAUCCAUGUUCCGAAAGGUCACCUCUGCUAUUGCGACGCAGAGCAAGCUCGGUUUGACCGCCACACUGCUUCGUGAAGAUGACAAGAUCAAAGAUUUGAACUUCCUGAUCGGACCCAAGCUUUACGAAGCUAACUGGAUGGAACUGGCCGAGCAAGGACAUAUCGCCAAGGUCCAGUGUGCCGAGGUCUGGUGUCCAAUGACUACGGAAUUUUAUUCCGAAUACAUGAGGGAGAAAUCCCGGAAGGCGGCCCUUCUCUAUAUUAUGAAUCCUCGCAAAUUCCAGGCCUGCCAGUUUCUCAUCGACUACCACGAGAAGCGAGGCGACAAGGUCAUUGUGUUCUCUGACAAUGUCUACGCCCUCGAACGGUACGCGUUGAAAUUGAACAAGGCGUAUAUCUACGGAGGAACGCCUCAGAAUGAACGAAUGCGUAUUCUGGAGAACUUCCAGCACAACGAACAGGUCAACACCAUCUUCUUGUCGAAGAUCGGAGAUACGUCUCUGGAUUUGCCUGAGGCGACCUGCUUGAUCCAGAUCUCUUCUCAUUACGGUUCUCGUCGUCAAGAGGCCCAGCGACUGGGUCGUAUUCUGCGAGCCAAGCGUCGUAACGACGAGGGCUUCAAUGCAUUUUUCUACUCGCUCGUGUCGAAGGACACGGAUGAGAUGUUCUACUCCUCCAAACGACAGGCCUUCCUUGUCGACCAGGGCUAUGCCUUCAAGGUGAUCACCCACUUGCAAGGAAUUGAAAAUUUGAACGGUCUCGCCUACGCAACCCCGGGCGAGCGUCGAGAGCUGUUGCAAGAAGUGAUGCUGCAGAACGAAACCUCGGCCGAAGUGGAGCACGUCAACGACGAUCUCUUCUCCGAGCGCAGCGGUGGCAUCCGAAAGGGCAAAGGCGCUGUCAAACGCAGUGCGGCUACUCUCAGCGGUCUGGCUGGUGGUGAAGAUAUGGCGUACAUCGAGUAUAACAAGAGCAGGAACAAGCAGCUGAAAGACAAGGCAGGGCAUCACCCGCUGUUCCGGAAAAUGGAGCGGGAUCGUCUCAAGCGCAAGAAGGAAAUGCAGGAUUUCAAUCGUUGAAAUCAGAUUGGAAAUGGCGUUUAGAAUUGGUUGGUUGGUUCACAUUUGAAAAGGUCAUUGUUGUAUAAGGAAGCAUAUGGAUCAGAUUUGGAGGUACUUUACAAAUAAAUUACGAAUAUAAAUAAUAUGAAAUGUUGUCUAGUCACUUUUGUUGAACUCAGAUUAUGCAUAAUCUAGGGCAA